AUGUGGGGAACACCACCAACGUUCACCCCAUAUCCAGAGCUGGGACUGGGGGCCGGGUUUACGGUAUUUUUGCUUUCCUCUUUAAAAGAAUCGGCCCAUCUCGCGCAUCUCUCUCGCGCGCGUCUGCUUCCUCUCCCGUUGCCACUUUCGAACAAAACAGCAGAGAACGAGCACGCUGCGGUCCAGUUGCCCAAUCCCGGAGCCACAAUGGCAAAACUCGAAGACGAAUUCAAGGGCCAGGCGGUGGUCGAACACGACAAUGAGCCACCCGCGUACGAUGAAAAGGCCGCCGUCGGCGAAGUGAAGGAGAUCAAUGCCGCCUCCGUCGCGUUGGCUGCCGCUACGGCGGAGCAGCAAGUGAACUGGUGGUCGCCCAAUAUGAUCAAGUUGUACGGCAUCAUGGCGAUCGGCUAUCUUGUGUCAACCAUGAACGGCUUCGACUCGUCCCUCAUGGGAGCGAUCAACGCCAUGCCACCCUAUCAAGAGACCUUCGGACUUUCGAGCGCCGGUUCCACAACUGGUAUCGUCUUCAUGAUCUACCAAGUCGGCCAAAUUUGCAGUUUCCCAUUCUGCGGCAUGAUCGCAGAUGGCUGGGGUCGAAGAUGGUGCAUCUUCAUCGGCUGCUUCAUUGUUCUCAUCGGCACCGCUAUCCAAGCACCUGCCCAACACCUGGGACAGUUCGUGGCAGGCCGAUUUGUUCUCGGCUUUGGAGCUUCUCUCGCUUCUGCUGCUGGACCUGCUUACGUCGUCGAGCUGGCGCAUCCUUCCGCCCGUGGAACCAUGGCUGGUCUCUACAACAACUUUUGGUGGCUUGGAAACAUUUUGGCCGGUUGGACUACCUACGGAUCGAACCACCACAUCAAGACAAGCUGGGCGUGGCGAAUCCCCACCGUCGUGCAGGCCGCUAUGCCUGGAGUAGUCAUGAUAUUCAUCAUGUUCUUCCCCGAAAGUCCUAGAUGGCUCAUCUCGAAGGACCGCGCAGAGGAGGCGCUCGCGAUCCUGGCCAAGUACCACGGUGACGGCGACGUAAACUCCCCCGUCGUGCAGCUCCAGUACCGCGAGAUCAUUGAGGAUCAUCACUCGACUACCGACGAGAACCCCUGGUGGCAGAUGAAGGAGCUCUUCAAUACUAAGGCCCGCCGAUACAGACUCUUCAUGGUUAUUGCCAUGGCCUUCAUCGGCCAGUGGUCCGGAAACAACGUCGUAUCCUACUUCAUGCCCGAGAUGUUCAAGCAAGCCGGUAUCACCGACGACAACACCCAACUCCUCCUCAACGCCAUCAACCCCAUCUUCUCUAUGAUCGCUGCUAUCUGGGGCGCGACCCUCCUCGACAAGCUUGGCCGGCGCUUCAUGAUGCUGGCUGGCUUGGCCGGCUCGCUCGCCUCAUACAUCAUGCUCACGGCCUUCACCGCCGAGUCGGCUAACCACAAGAACCUCUCGUACGGCGUCAUUGUCUCCAUCUACGUCUUUGGUAUCUGCUUCGCCUGGGGUUUUACGCCGCUUCAGACGCUGUAUGCUGUCGAGUGUCUCGAGAACCGCACCCGCGCCAAGGGAUCUGGAAUUUCCUUCCUAUUCCUUAAUGUCGCUAUCAUGAUCAACACCUACGGUAUCUCCGUCGGUAUGGAGAAGAUUGCGUGGAAGUUGUAUCUUGUGUACAUUGCCUGGAUUUGCAUUGAAAUGGCAAUCAUCUACUUCUUCUUUGUUGAAACGGCUGGCAAGACGCUGGAAGAGCUCAAGUCCAUCUUUGAGGCGCCCAACCCGAGGAAAGAGUCAACCAAGAAGACAAAGGUUGCUGUCGAUGAGGCUGGUAAUGUCGUCAACGUCGGUGCGACCACUUCUGGUAUCUAA